CCGCCUGAAGGACGCAGAACUGCGGCUCGGAACCGGGCUGAGAAACCAAAUCCAGUCGGUACCGGUCGUGAGUGGAGAUGUCACAUCCCGGAUGUGGGAAAACAGAGUCUUGUAGUUCCACGUCGGAUUUCAGAAGCCGUCAUAUAUAGGCUACAUGCGUAGCCUACGUAUUAGCCGAUACGCACUGGCUGGACAGGCGGUGAAGAGAGGUCGCUGACGGACUGUGCGUAACGCUGAGUGGACAGCAGUAUUUCUCGCUGUAUAUUCUAGCCUAGACGGGCUCCUGACAAGAGAUUCGCACUUCUUCUGCAGUGCACUUCGUCAUUAUAACCAGAUGCCCUCCGCCGGACCGGACCCCUUCAGUUUCAUGCCGUCCAACCCGACCGGAGCCUGAGCCGAAGGAUGCAGGUUAAAAACCAGAUCUGCACAGAGCGGAGCAGCACCGACGACCCGGAGCAGGAUGACAACCAGAAGAAGACCUCGUGUUUUUCCAACAUUAAGAUUUUCCUGGUGUCGGAAUGUGCGCUCAUGUUGGCACAGGGCACAGUGGGCGCCUAUCUGGUAAGUGUUCUGACCACUCUGGAGAGACGUUUCAACCUCCAGAGUGCCGAUGUGGGCGUCAUUGCCAGCAGCUUCGAAAUUGGCAACCUGGCCCUCAUCCUGUUUGUCAGCUACUUUGGCGCCAAGGCCCACAGACCCCGCCUUAUUGGCUGCGGCGGGAUUGUCAUGGCAUUGGGGGCAUUACUGUCAGCCCUGCCAGAGUUCCUGACUCAUCAGUACGAGUACGAGGCCGGGGACUCGUGGCACGCUGAGGAUGGCAGAGAUGUCUGCUCUAACACCUCCAGGUCAGAAAACCGAGACUCUGGGUUUAAAUGUGGCAACAGGGCCAACACCAACAUGAUGUACCUUCUGCUGAUUGGAGCCCAGGUUCUGCUGGGCAUUGGAGCCACACCUGUCCAGCCUCUGGGAGUGUCGUACAUUGAUGACCAUGUUCACAGGAAGGACUCCUCGCUGUACAUAGGUAUUUUAUUUUCAACGUUAGUGUUUGGCCCAGCCUGUGGCUUCAUCUUAGGUUCUGUCUGUACCAAAGUCUAUGUUGAUGCUGUUUUCAUCGACACCAGUAAGCUGGACAUCACCCCAGAUGACCCUCGCUGGAUCGGGGCGUGGUGGGGCGGCUUCCUCCUCUGCAGUGCCUUACUCUUCGUGUCGUCCCUCUUCAUGUUUGGCUUCCCCCAGGCGCUGGAUGAGCAGGACAUGGACAGUGGGGGGGAGAGUGAGCAGGCCAUGCUGCCUUCUUCCCUGAACCUGGAGUACCAGGGCUCUAAACCCAACGGGGCCAUUCACGGGUUUGAUAUAAAUAGCGGACUCACAGUUUGUGAGCAUCUGAGAGUAAUCCCCCGGGUAACCAGGCACCUUCUCUCUAAUCCGGUGUUCAGCUGCAUCACGCUGGCAGCCUGCAUGGAGAUCGCUGUGGUUGCUGGCUUUGCUGCCUUCCUGGGAAAAUACCUGGAGCAGCAGUUCAACCUUACCACCUCCUCAGCUAAUCAGCUGCUAGGUAUGACGGCCAUCCCCUGUGCCUGUCUGGGUAUCUUCCUUGGCGGGCUGCUGGUGAAGAAGCUGAACCUGUCAGCCCUGGGCGCUGUCCGCAUGGCCAUGCUUGUCAACCUGGUGUCCACCGCCUGCUACGUCUCUUUUCUCUUCUUGGGCUGUGACACCGGACCUGUCGCCGGGGUUACAGUCGCCUACAGCAACGAGACGUUGCUGUCCUGGCAGCGACCUGAGUCAGCGUGCAUCAAUAACUGUAACUGCUACACAGCAUCAGUGAGCCCUGUCUGUGGUUCCAAUGGAGUCACCUACCUCUCAGCCUGCUUUGCAGGCUGCACCAAACCAAACCUGACCAGCUGUACGUGUAUAUCCAGCACCAGUGAAGAUGCGGUGGCUUUACCAGGAAAGUGUCCCAGUCCAGGCUGUCAGCAGGCCUUUCUCACCUUUCUGUGUGUUAUCUGCGUGUGCAGUAUGAUCGGAGCUAUGGCCCAGACACCCUCUGUCAUCAUCCUUAUCAG